AUGUAAUCACCUCAAUUCAGUAUGGAUAGCAAUUAAUGCUAAAAUUCAAAUUAAAAAUCUAAUCAGAAGUCAAACAAAAAGAAAUAAAAUCAAUGCAAUUUAGGAGGAAAUCAAUAAAUAGGUGUUAAUUCAAAAAAGAAGCAAAAAUAUAAAAAUUAGUCAAAUGAAAAGGAACUAAUCCUUUAUGGGAACUAAUUAGUGAUGCCAAAUGAAAAAAUCAAUGAUGUUCAAAUUCCCUUGCAAAAUGAAAAGCAAUAUGAUUCUGUUUAAGAUUUAAUAGCAGAUAUAAAAUCUUAUGGGAGAGAAGCAGGGUUCGCUGUUGUUAUAUUAGAGAAAAAUUAAGCUAAUUUUAGAAAAUUGGUAUGCACUAAAUCAAUAUCAAACACCAAAAUAAAUAACUUACAGAAUCCUGAAAAUAAUCUUGAUCAAGAUAUUAUGAUUUUAGAAGAAGUAAAUUAAAACUUUGAUAAUCAAAUUCAAUCUCCUUGUCCCUUUAAAAUGGCUUUGAAAAAAGAUGAAGUAAGUCAUAAAUGGUUUGUAGAGUCAUUAAAUAACUACCAUAAUCAUAACCUUAAGAAGAAAUUACCUUAAUAUUAUAACUCAAUAUCCAGAAGUAAAAAUUAAUAGUUAUUAGGAAAAAGAUCUAGUCAAGAAGCAACUGAAUAAAAAGAGAAAUAGUCUUAAACUGAAAAUUUAAAGCAUGAAUUUAAGACUAAGGAAUAGUUAACCACCUAUUUAAGCGAGGAAAUAACUUAAUCGAUUGGGAAAUUGUGGUUCUAGCAUGGCUUAAGAAAAAGAGAUGUUUAAAGAGUGCUUAAUUAAUAAAGAUUUGUUGAAAGCUCUCACAUAAAAGAAUUUUUAAAAGGAUUUUAGUCACCAAAAUUUUAAUCUGUGUUAGAACUAAGAGACUACUUGAAAUAGUAACAAGAAGGCUUAAACAAUCUUUGGUUUAAAUAUGACGAUUUCUAGAGUAUCCUUUCAUUCAGCUUAUGCAAUCAGUAUUAUAAAUAAAAAAUGAGUGAUAUAAUUUUCGUUGAUAGUACAUUUGAUAAAGGAUACAACAUUAUACUUGUCAAAGGUUUAGAUUAUUAUGGCCAUCCAAGUAUAUUAUUUAUUUCAAUUACUCCUAAGUAUGAUUAUGGAAACAUUUUAUCUGCUUUUGAGCAUUAUAAAUAAGCAGGUUUCGCUAGGCCAAAACAAGUCAUAGUAGAUUCAUUCAAUGAGAUAUAAGAUGCCUUUGAGAAGAUUGAGAGUUGCCCGGAUUCUUUUUAAAUUUGUCAUAACUACAUAAUAAAGAGUUUUAUUAAAUCUAUAGAACCUUAAUAUUUCAAAGGAGUAAAAGUAUCAAGAUUGAUCAGAGAAUUUAAGAAAUUGAUAAACAAUAGUAUGACUGAAUUCGAGUUUUAACAAAAAUUUAAUUCAAUUUACCAAACUCAUAAAGAUAGAAGCGAUUUAUUUUCUAAUACAGCUAAACUCAUUUAUAAGCAUAGAGGCUAAUUCUUGAAAUGCCUAAUAAAAGAUAAAUUUAACAUGGCUAGUUAGUUCUCUUCAAGUAAUAAUGAUGAUGUCAGUAAAAUAUUAAAAAGGACACCCUUAAGAAAUGAGAGCAUAUUUUAAUUGAAAGGAUUAAGUUGUCCAUGGAUUUAUAUAACUCUCAAUAAAUUCAAGUAACUUUUGGCUAGAUAGAUGAUUGGUGUUCGAAUUAAAAUGAAAAUACAAAUGUAGGGACAAUUAAUUUUGAUAGUGUCGAAAUCUUAUGUCUUGGGUAUCCAUUCCAUAUUAUAAAAAGAAAUUUGGAAUAAAUGA